CUUGCACAAUGAAACGUGCAUAAUAAAUUUUGUAACAUUUUUUGUGGAAGAAGUUGCAAAUAUAGUACAAUAAAUGUACUGUUAUGUGAUUUUGUUUUCUUUUGUUUUUGUAGUCAAAUGGCACGACGCAAACGACGCAUGUGUUUCGAAAAAAGUUAGCCCAGAUGCAUAAGAAUUGGAAGUUGAAUGAAUCGAUACAUAGAUAUUUUAUACCGAUCACCGGGAGUCGCCGGGUCCACGUUUUGGAAAGUCAAUAUAAACAUAUGGCGUAGAGAAAGAUUCGGUCAAACGUCCAGAUCCUAUUCAGAUGAAUUUGUACGUAUUGGGAAUGUUAGAGUUCCGCUGAAGACACCCAAGCAUGUUGAGAAAGUCCCUAUAAAUUAUUCAUGUCCAGCAUUUUCAAAUGUCUCUGCAGAGUCAAUUCUUCAACAUUUAAAAUGGAUAAUGAAAAAGGAUCAGUUGGGUCAAGAUAUUUUUCUUAUUGGUCCUCCUGGUUCUCUCCGUCGAAGCCUGGCAAUGCAGUACGCUGAGCUUACGCAACGUGAAAUUGAAUAUGUCUCACUGAGUCGUGAUACAACUGAGUCUGAUUUGAAACAAAGGAGGGAAAUUUCAUGCGGUAGUUCCCAUUACGUUAACCAGAGUUCUGUUCGUGCCGCCUUAGAAGGACGUGUGUUAAUCUUGGAUGGAAUAGAAAAAGCCGAAAGAAAUGUCUUACCUGUUUUAAAUAACUUGUUGGAAAACAGGGAAAUGCAACUUGAUGAUGGAAGAUUUCUUGUGUCAGCUGCAAGAUAUGAUUCGCUUAUUAAGGAGCACAGCAAAGAAGAACUAGACAGUUGGAAAUUACUUCGAGUAAAUGAAGGUUUUAGAGUGUUUGCACUUGGUGUACCCGUGCCUCGAUAUCCUGGCAACCCUUUGGAUCCACCAUUACGUUCACGGUUUCAAUCCCGGGAUGUCCCAGAACUUUCUUAUAAAGAGCAACUGCAGAGUCUGGUGGAAAGUUGGAAUUCUGAUGUCCCAAAAGAGAAACUUGCCAACCUUGUUAGUUUUGCACACACCAUUCAAUCUUCAGAGCUCUUGUCUUUGGGUAUGCCAGACUUUCCAAUCGAAAACCUGAAAUUUGUCGUUCAAAUUAUGAAUGAUCUUCCAUUUGUUUCAAACCAACAUCUGAUUAACAGACUAUAUCCACAUCAACUGAUAAUGGGAAAGGAAGGACAGACUGCUAUCACAGACACACUCAAGACUUUUCAUCUUGAUGAUGCACCAGUUAGCAGAAACGAGCCAUAUCAUUUAAAAAGCGUAACAAGAUUUCCUAACCACAAAGCAAUGAUAGCGCUUGAAGGAAAAAGUAAAACUAUAAACAAACUAGAAGUUCUCUGUGGUGCUGAAGGCAGUUUUGGUUCACAACCACUUGAAGAAAAGGAGUUCGUUAUGACCCAUUAUCAUUCGAAAAUAUUGGCAGAUAUGUUUCAAUCUCAUCUUGUAAAAGACUUCUGUUUAAUAGGUCCAAAGGGCUGUGGCAAAAGUGUGUUACUGCAUCAGUUUUCUCGACUACUCGGAUAUCAAAUCGAACCAGUUGUACUGCAUCAGGAUAUGACGUCACGAGACUUGCUUCAGCAACGAACAACUUUACAAAAUGGCGAUACAAUAUGGCGACCUUCGCCCCUAGUUGUCGCUGCAACUGAAGGUCAUCUUGCAGUGCUUGAUGGUAUACAUAGGACUAAUCCCGGCACAUUGGCUGUUUUACAGAGACUUGUGGGUGAUCGUGAAAUCUCGUUAUAUGACGGCAGUCAGUUAUUGCGCUCUGACCGCUAUGAACUUCUGAAAAAAAACUCUGGACUUUCUGACGAUCAACUGACUGAAAAAAACGUGUAUCGUAUUCAUCCAUCAUUUCGUAUUAUUGCUCUUGCUGAACCUCCUUCAAUAAAUAGCAGUCAAAAUCAAUGGUUGAACUCUGAAUUGCUCCAUUUAUUUCUCUAUCAUCAUCUUGAACCUUUGAACAAAACUGAAGAAGCUGAAGUUGUAUUUAAAAUGGUUCCCCGGGUUGCGAAAGAUAAGAUGAAAAUCGUGCUUGACAUGGCUGAUCAACUUAGAAAUUCAAACAACUCAAUGUUGUUGUCCAUCGCCCCAUCAUUUUCCACAAGACAGUUAUUACGUGUUGCAAGGCGUAUUGCUGAAUAUCCUCAUGAAGACUUAUAUCAGACUAUAAACCGUGCUUGCUUGGCAGACUUUCUACCAUCACUUGCAAGAACUGCAUUAGAAGAUGCGAUGAAAGGAAUCGGCAUCAGCAAGAAGAUUACAAGGGUACAGAGAAAGUUUGAUGUCAACGCCGAUAGCGCAGACGGAUAUAUUCAAAUUGGUGAAACACAGCACGAAAUAUAUGAAGCUCCCGACAAAACUAAAGUGCCAGAAACUUUGUUCUAUAGUAAUUCUCAGCACCUUGAAGUAAUGGAAAAUAUGUUAAAAGACUUCCGACUGGGGGAGCAUUUACUGCUUGUUGGAAAUCAGGGAGUUGGGAAAAACAAAAUUGUGGACAAAUUCCUGCAGCUUUUAAAUAGACCGAGAGAAUACAUUCAGCUCCACAGGGAUACAACUGUGCAAACGUUAACCCUCCAACCAACAGUACAAGAUGGUGUCAUCGUAUAUGAGGAUUCUCCUCUGGUUCAAGCUCUGAAGUUCGGUCAUGUUUUAGUGAUCGAUGAAGCUGAUAAAGCUCCAAUUAAUGUAACUUGUGUUUUAAAAACGCUUGUUGAGAGUGGAGAAAUGAUUUUAGGAGACGGAAGACGAGUUUUACCAGCUGGUUAUUUACACCAUCCUCCUCCUGACGAUGUUAUUGAAAUUCACCCUGACUUCAGGGUAAUUGUUUUGGCAAAUAGACCAGGAUUUCCAUUUCUUGGGAACGAUUUUUUUGGAGCUAUGGGUGAUAUCUUCAGCUGCCAUGCAAUCAACAACCCCGAUAAGGAAUCUGAAAUGGAAUUGUUAAAACAAUACGGCCCAGAUGUUGCACACAGUGUAUUGGCAAUGCUUGUGAACGCCUUCUCUGAAUUACGUCAAAUGGCAGAUCUUGGUGAGAUAGCAUAUCCCUAUUCAACGAGAGAACUAGUCAACAUCGUUAAACAUUUGCAAGUCUAUCCAGAGGAUGGUUUGGGACAAGUGGUUCGUAAUGUGUUUGAUUUUGACAGUUACCAUCCUGAUGCACAAAAGACAGUCUUAUCAACAUUGCGUAAACACGGAAUUCCAGUCGGUGUAACAGUGAAAGAUGUGAAAUUAUCAAAAGAAUUUCCACUUCCUUCGCCUUCUCUUGUUCACAACUGGAGUUUUGUUGAUGGUAAAGACACAGCCUGUUCAGUGAGAGAACAAGCUCUUGUUUUAAAGAAAACAGUCAAAAUUGACUGUCCCAAAUUCGACAUUGAUCGUUAUAAUGCAAGGUCGACUGGAUUUACAGAAUUAUUAAGCGAAUGGAUGUUGCCAUUUUACGAGUCCAGUAUCCUCUCGGAUAUUACAGUCAGCGAAGGUGGCGCUGGCGGCGACUGGCUCCAUUUGGCAACCACUAGUCCUCUUGUGAUCUACUCGAUGAAGACAAACCAGAACUUCGUGGUCUGUACGGAUUUAUAUUCUUUGUUUCCUUACAACUACUUCAACCAAUCACCUCAAAUUAAAAUCGCUGCUUUGAGUGGAGAUUUAUAUGAAGGUCAAGUUAUAUUUCAUGAACAAAGAUCAAACACGAUGCUUUUACUUAAUCCAAGCGAAAAUGAAUUUCAACAAGUUGAUCUACCCGCCGAUUCAUUAGUCGGGACCAUUUCAAAACAGUUAAAACAAACAAAAUACAAGAUGUCUAAAGAGAAAGUGUUAGGAAAUAUUGUAGCAGUGUACUCAGACCAUGGCAAAGAAAUUCAAUUGGUUGAUUUUGAUUCUGCUAGAGUACAUACCAUAUCCUUGCCGUUCAUAAUUGAUCAACUUCACCUUGUUUCCGAAAAAAUGUGGAUUGUGAGAGAAAAGGACGUAAAUACUAUGUAUAUUUUAAGUCCUGAGCAAGGAGUUCAGAUUCCUAAUCUACUGACCGCCAUUACGACUGAAGACCAUCCAGAAGGAAUACAGUUCGUAAUUGAUAAAGUAUCAGCCGGUGCUUUGCCACAAGAUGUAUUGGAAAGUUGUCAAAAUUAUCUUCCAAAUACGUUUAUGCACGAUUUUUCGUCGCGUACUGUUCGUUUGGUUGCUAGCGAAGAUAAUUUAGCAAGUUUGGCAGUCAGCAAUCCAGUCAAAAUACGUGAACGAUAUCCACUCAGCUUUUAUUCCUAUCCCAGAAAAGAAAAGGGUGAACGAGGGGAUGUUUCUGAAGAGAAUUUAAAAGACUUGUAUCCAAAUCCUUUGUGUCUUCCCAAACUUGGACAAGUGGUCAGAGUUAUUCCGUCAUCGUUUGUCCCGUCUAAGAGUACAAACGAAGAAACCAAAAAUAUGAAAUGGUCCAAUAGUUUGGAAGUGGUUGAUAUAUCGCAGAACUCGGUCCGAUACUUGUCUUUACCUCGCGCGAAAAAUAGUAAUCCAUACACAAAAUUGAAGAGCCCGGAAGCCUUGAUCGACUCUUUGUCAAAUGACGUCAUAGUUUCUGUAAGUCGUGAUGGAUGUGUACGUCUUUGGGAGACCGGAACUAGUGACCUCCAGAAAUCCUUUUCUGAAUGGAAAACUUUGGUGGGAAAUAGCAACGAUUCAGGGUCAUUGCAGGUAACUCGCGAGAGAAGCAGUGGUCUGGAUGUCACACAACCCAAGCAUGGAAAGGUCGAUCCCAACAACGAACCCCAUGUCGGUGGUAAUACGUGGGCUGGUGGCACAGGAGGUAGGGAUACUGCAGGACUCGGGGGUAAAGGUGGACCAUAUAGGUUGGAUGCGGGACAUGAUGUCUUCCAGAUCUCAGAUGAAGAAAAAGAUGCGGUACCCGAGGAGGUAAAGAGAGCUGCCAGAGAAAUGGGAGAGAGAGCAUUUAAAGAGAGGUUGAAGCAGAUUGAAAUGAGUGAGCACGAGGCUGAGGUGUACGAGAAAUUUUCAUCACGUGUUCAUCAUCAGGUCCAGUCUCUGCGCGUUCUUUUAGAAAGUUUGCAAGCAAAAGGGAAAGAAAGGCAGUGGAUUCGUCAUCAGUCAUCUGGUGAUCUGGAUGAUGCGAAGUUAAUUGAAGGUUUGACAGGUGAAAAAACAAUUUAUAAAAAAAGAGCUGAUCAAGAACCCGAGCCAGGAUCAGUGCAACAACUUCCAAAACAACUUCGUUUGGUAUUGGAUGUAAGCGGUAGUAUGUAUCGUUUUAAUGGAUUAGAUGGAAGACUGGAACGAGUUAUGGAAGCUGCCUGUUUAGUGAUGGAAGCAUUUGAUAAGUAUGAACGUCGUUUCAAGUUUGACAUUGUUGGUCAUUCUGGAGAGAAUCCAGAAAUUAUGUUUGUAUCUCAAGACUCACCACCAGUGAACAACAAAAAACGUCUACAAGUUUUACAGACAAUGCAUGCACAUGCGCAGUUCUGUAUGACCGGUGACCAUACACUAGAGGCCAGCAAGAAAGCCAUAGAGUCUGUUGUGCAGCGAGAAGCAGAUGAAUAUUUUGUGAUCAUAUUUAGUGAUGCAAACCUACGAAGAUAUGGUAUACCGCCAUCUGCACUUGCUAAAACCCUAACGUCAAAUCCACGAGUGAAUUCCUUCAUCAUAUUCAUUGGAUCGCUGGGUAAUGAAGCUGAGAGGUUAUCAAAAGAGCUUCCGGCUGGACGUUCAUUCGUCUGCAUGGAUACAAAGAACAUUCCUGAAAUCUUACAACAGAUCUUUUCAACAGCCUUGAUAUCUUCCUAAGUCUAAGGAAAUGUAGCGUGUAAGAAUAAGUCGAUGGAUUGAUGACAGAAAAAUAAGGUUCUUUUCGGUUUAUUGUUCAACAACCUAACGUGUUAGGGUCAACCAGUGAACUGGGUCAACUUAAUUGAUUCUCAGAUGCUUCGAUCCGCGCCGUUGCGCGAGAAACCCAAUGAUGACACGUUAAGGACUGAUUGACAAUUGAAGGAAGCAAUCCUAAUAAUGAAGAAAAAACUUAUAAAGUCGCUUUUCGACAAUUGAAAAAAUAUUGAAAUAGGAAAAACAGCUAAACUUUAAUCAGCUUCGUCGUGAUUUGUACAGGUAUGGUCAAUACAAAUUAACCUAGUCUGGGCACUCGGAAAACUUCAAAACGUUUUUAAUGAACUAGGAUUUGAUGUUGAGGCAGCUUCUUUGUGAACAAAUAUAUUUAAGUGUUUUUUAUUGAUAUUUCAACGUUGUCGUCGCGUGAUCUGACGUAAUGAUUUUAUUCGAGGAAUGACGAUUGUUUCAUUAUAUACAAGCUAGGUUUAUUGUCUUCAGCGUGCACAAGAUGGAAUCAAGGAAAUUGUUCAUACCGUAUUUCUAUUGAAUAUGGUGC